GUCAGAUUCAAAACAAUCCAACGGCUUUAACUCUGCUUAGAAUCUCAACAUGGUAGCGGGAACAACAACAACUUGAAGAAUGAAAAAGAAAGAUAGAAGCUUUAAGCUGGCUUAGAUUUGGAAGAAGAAGAUGGAAGGAAUAGCAACUGGGUCACGUGAAAGGAAUAGUGGGUCUAAACCCUUAAAGAACCUAAAUGGUCAAAUCUGUCAAAUAUGUGGUGAUACCAUUGGAUUAACUACCACCGGCAAUGUCUUCGUUGCGUGCCACGAGUGUGCGUUCCCACUUUGUAAUCCUUGUUAUGAAUACGAACGAAAAAAUGUGAGCCAAUCAUGUCCGCAAUGCAAGACUAGAUACAAAAGUCACAAAGAGGGUACUCGAGUAAAGGGAGAUGAUGAUGAAGAUGAUCUACGGAAUGAGGUCAAGUAUGGUUCUAAGACUGGAUGGCAAUGGGAAGAAGAUGCUGAUCUCUCUUCAUCUUCUGGACAUGAUUCUCAACAAAAUCUCCGUCUCGCAAAUGGACAGCUGAUAUCUAGUGAGAUUCCAUGUGCUACUUCUGAUACUCAAUCUGUGCAAACUACAUCAGGUCCUUUGGGUCAAUCCGAAAAUGUUCACUCACAUCCCUACGUUGAUCCAAAGCAACCAGGUCUUGAGAGUGACGAGGAGAUCCGACGAGUACCUGAGAUGGGAGGUGAAUCUGCCGGAACCUCAGCUUCUCGUCCAGGCAAUGGUUCAACUGCUGGUCCUGAACGCGCUCAGGGGGCCGUAGAGGGUCAAAAGAAGAGAGGGAGAAGCCCAGCUGACAAAGAAAGCAAACGGCUUAAGAGGCUACUGAGGAACAGAGUUUCAGCUCAGCAAGCAAGGGAGAGGAAAAAGGCAUACUUGAGUGACUUGGAAUCAAAAGUCAAUGACUUAGAGAAGAAGAAUUCAGAGCUUAAAGAAAAGCUUUCAACUUUGCAGAAUGAGAAUCAAAUGCUGAGACAAAUAUUGAAGAACACAACAGCAAGUAGGAGAGGGAACAACAGUGGUACCAACAAUGCUGAUUGAGCUCAAUGGCAAUAACGACAUUCAAAACAUAGGGUAAAUUAAAAAGAAAGAAUAAAAAAAUGUUAAAAAUUAGUUUUGAUGAUUUUUUCUAGGUGUGAAUUUGGAAAAUCAUGAAGGAUCAAUGCAUUACAUGCUUUAUCCUUAAAAUAGUGUUUUUCGAUCUAUGAAGCAUAAUCAUAGACACAAACAUAACAUUGACCGACAAUGCCAAUAAUUUAAGACAAUAUUAGUUAUUGAAUUAAAUUACGUGUGUCAAACAUCGGUCAUGCCUUCGAUAUGAAGUGUCAAUGCAACAUAAGUUUGAUGACCACUUUCUCUAUUCAAAUUAGGGUAUUGUGGAUGUGAGUUGUUGGAACGAUAUGGCACUUAACCAUUUGAUUAGGAGAUAAAAGGGUAGUUAAUGUACCACCUAUUAAGUAUUUUUAUUAUACUAAUGCAUUUGUUGAUUGGUUUUAAA